AUGCAACUUGUACAGCUUCUUCUCUCUCGGGCACACGGUCGACGACAGCACGCAGUUCGCUUGCUGGCUCGCCCCAACAUCUUACGCUCCUGGAUUUCGCUCGUCCUCCUUUCAACUCUACCACCUUUUGCUUCUUGCCAUUCUGCUUGUUCGCAGUCGCCAACUAUGUACGGAUUCGUUAAUUACGCACUCGAACUUCUCGUCCUCGAGAAUUAUGGAAAGGACGUCUGGGAACAAAUCAAAAAGGAAGCCGAAGUCAAUAUGGAAGGCCAUUUCCUUGUCCGCCAAAUCUACGAAGACGAUGUUACGUACAAUAUUGUUGGAGCAGCUGAACGCGUUCUACAGGUGCCAGCCAAUCUCCUGUUGGAAAAAUUCGGGGAGAAAUUUCUGGAUUUUUGCCAAGAUUCCGGUUAUGAUCGAAUUCUUCAAGUAUUGGGAGCCACACCCCGCGACUUCCUCCAGAAUUUAGAUGCCCUGCACGAUCAUCUAGCCACCAUUUAUCCCGGGAUGAAAGCGCCGUCGUUCCGCUGUACCGACGCACCUGACGGCGCACUCAUUUUGCAUUAUUACUCGGAUCGGCCCGGCCUCGAAUCGAUCGUUAUUGGAAUCGUCAACGCCGUGGCAAAAAAGCUGCAUAAAGUGGACGUUGAUGUCAAAUUGCUGCGCAGCUCGCAGGGCAGCAGCGGCCAUGGUGAAUUCCUCAUUCAGGAAAAGAACAAGGCCAAAACACAGCAGGACACGACGGCCGACGAAGUCGAUCUCAUCUUCAGCUCCAAUGAACCGAAAAUAUCGUCCCAACUCUUUUGCCGGGCUUUCCCAUUUCACGUUUUAUUCGAUCGAAACUUGUCCAUCAAGCAAGUAGGUGAUUCCCUCAAGAGGAUCCUACCCGCCAGCAUCGAUCGAUCCGACUGCAAGAUCACAGAUAUUUUGCGCAUGGUUCGACCUCAUAUGGAGUUGACUUUCGAGAAUCUAUUGGCCCACAUCAACACGGUGUACAUUCUCGUGACAAAGGAGAAGAAGAACGACGUUCAACAACACGAUAAGGCGGUUCCAUCUUUGGGCACCUGGCGCCAUGAAGACGGAACAGGGAUGAUUCAGGAAGCCAAUCUACGUCUCAAAGGCGAGAUGAUACAUGUUCCAGAGAACGGCCUAAUGCUUUUCCUCGGUUCGCCCAGUGUCCUCAAUUUGGAAGACUUGACCAGACGUGGAUUGUAUCUGUCUGAUAUUCCACUACACGACGCUACGAGAGAUCUAGUCUUGCUGUCUGAACAGUUUGAGGCCGAAUACAAAUUGACUCGCGACUUGGAGAUGUUGACAGACCAGUUGCAACAGACCAAAGUCGAAUUGGAGCGUGAAAAACAGAAAACAGACACGUUGCUGUAUUCGGUCCUACCUCCUUCUGUGGCUAAUGAAUUGCGUCACGGUCGUCCAGUCGCCGCCCGUCGUUACGAAAUGGUGACUUUGCUCUUUAGCGGCAUCGUCGGUUUCAGCGACUUGUGUGCCCGCAAUUCCGAUUCCAACGGAGUCAUGAAAAUCGUGCGGAUGCUCAACGUUCUCUACACGACGUUCGACGUAUUGACUGACCCAAGGAAAAAUCCCAACAUUUACAAGGUGGAAACAGUGGGUGAUAAAUACAUGGCCGUCAGCGGCUUACCUGAACCGUGCAGACAACAGGCUCUCUGCAUUGCCCGAUUGGCCCUCGACAUGAUGGACUUGUCAAUGGACGUCUCCAUCGAUGGCAUCUCCGUGCAAAUUACCAUUGGAAUCCACUGCGGAGAAGUGAUGACUGGAGUCAUUGGACAGCGAAUGCCUCGUUAUUGCCUUUUCGGCAACACAGUCAACUUGACCAGCCGGACAGAGACGACGGGCACUCCGGGCAGGAUCAACGUCUCGCAAGAUGCUUAUCAGUUGUUACAAGAUCCGGACAACCGAGACUCGCAAUUUUGUUUUUCUUACCGUGGUCCUGUCGCAAUGAAAGGGAAACCCGAGCCAAUGAAAGUUUAUUACCUGGACAGAGCCUCUAGCAGUGCAGCCAUCACGUCUGGUUGUACAAACCCGCUCGACUAAUGGCCAACAGUUUGCAUUCCGUUUUCACGCCAUUCCAUUCCUAUGUGUAAAAAUAUUGUACCACGCAUCGUUUAGCUUAACUCGUUUACGUGUCGUGUUUUCGUCGGUACGUAGUGGCAGUCUAAAAUGUAAAUAUCAGUUACAAAAUGUAUAAAUGUAGGAACUCUGCGGCUACAAAGCAUCAGCUUGGUUUUCGACGGCCAACUGUUAUUGUCAACAUCGUUCACUUA